CAGGAUGCGCGGUCUUCUCGUUGCCACGUGGAUUUUCGUCUCGGUGGCAGCUUCAGCCACCCCAACCACCACCACAAAAUCCCCGCCACCAACGACAACGACACUGUCUCCGCAAAUUCUCAAAGCCAAGCUUCCACCAGUCGUCAAAAAUGCCACGUGGGAGUGCGGAACCGACGAGUUCACCAAGUCGAUCAGCGAAGGCGAGAUUCAGGCGAAAUGCCCAAAGCUCAGAGAUCACAUCAACAGUUGCUGCCUUCAACACGACGGCUGCUACGAAGCACAGUCGGGACAAAAGUUCUGCGAUGACACGUUUUGCUCGUGUCUUGAGCGCCGUUCUCGAAGCUCCAAAUCAUGCCACGACGAGUCGGCUCCACUAUUCUGCGAUCUCGUCCGAACCUUUGGUGACGGUGCCUACGAAGCUUCUGGUCCAAACGCCUCGACUACCGAAGAGAGUCCUGCCGAGAAGGACGACUACGACUACGAAUCCCACGUGGCAGGACUAAAUGCCACGCCAUCAUCAUCAACCUAACUACAAACUACAACCAAGACUACAAACUACAAACUACAAUUCUUGUGCCAUUUUCUUGUUUGUCUAGCUCAUUGUAAAUGAAUUAUUUUUGAAUAUUUCUGAAAAAU